GACCGCUUUCUGCCCAUCGCAAAUGUGGCUAAAAUUAUGCGACGAGCUGUUCCCGGCAACGGAAAAAUAGCAAAAGAUGCCAAAGAGUGCGUCCAGGAGUGUGUUUCUGAAUUUAUCAGUUUCAUUACUAGCGAAGCUGCUGAGCGAUGUCAGACGGAGAAGAGAAAGACUAUCAAUGGUGAAGACAUUCUAUGCGCGAUGAACACCCUGGGGUUUGACAACUACGUCGAACCGCUCAAAUCGUUCCUUGUAAAAUUUCGAGAGAUGAGUAAACUGGAAUCCGCAUUCCUAGAAGAGUCUCCGUCUGCAACUGUAGCUGGCAGCAGUACCACAAUGGCCACUCCAGCCGGGUCAACUGUGAUCCUAGCACCCACACUCCUCACAACCAAUACAGCCGGACUGACAACUGUCGCGUCCAAUUCACUCACUGCGGGUCGCCAAUUCACCUUGGUCAACGGGACUGCAGCCGACCUGGCAGGUGCCACGGUCAUUACACCCCAGAGUUCCGGUCAAGAUAUCAAAGUUCCCACAGCCGCAAUGACCAGUUUGGGCACUCCAAUCUCCACCUCGCUCGGUACCACAAUCAUUUUGCCCAUUUCUCCUCAGGUAAGUAUUACACGCAACGCCAAACUGUUAGUUAUCUGUUUACACUGUUAA